UUUAAACACGCGCUUAUUUUGUAAAUAAACCUGCGUUUUGUAGUUUUUUAACAUAAAACAUGAGUUUUCUGAAACCCAAGACCCACAUAGAAAAGGGCGACGUGGUGAUACUAUACCUAAGUGUUAGUUCCAUGCAUGCCAUUGAAGCAGUGCCGGAAAUAGUCAAUAAAAGAGGAGAAACCAUACCGCAUAUCUUUCAGACAAACUAUGGAUCCCUAAAAGUAGAAAAUAUCAUAGGCGUGGAGUAUGGAAGCAAAGUGGAGCUCUCCAAGGGCUGGGCCCAUGUCCUGCAGCCCACGCCGGAACUGUGGACCCAAACUCUACCCCAUCGCACCCAGAUCAUCUAUACCCCGGAUAUCAGUAUGAUUAUUCAUCAACUGGAGGUUCGACCCGGUGCGGUGGUCAUUGAAUCGGGCACAGGAUCAGGAUCCCUGUCGCACUACUUCCUGAGGGCACUGAAACCCACUGGGCACCUGCACACCUUCGAUUUCCAUGAGGCUCGAGCGGAUCAGGCACGCGACGAGUUCCGGCGACAUGGCAUCGCCGACUUCGUCACCGUCUACCAUCGGGAUGUGUGCAACUUGGGCUUUGGCGAGGAGCUGGACGGAAAGGCCGAUGCGGUCUUCUUGGAUCUGCCCGCACCCGAUCUCGCCGUGCCGCACGCCUUCAAGGCGUUGAAGCUGUCCGGCGGUCGCUUUUGUUCGUUCUCGCCCUGCAUUGAGCAGUCGCAGCGCUGCAUCCAGGAGCUGACCAAGCUGGGCUUCAACGAGAUCGUCUCCUUGGAGGUGCUGCAGCAAGAGAAUGUGGUCAAGACCCGCACGCUGCCCGUCAUCGAUCUGGAGUUCCUUAAAUUGCCCAAAACCGAAGAGACGACGACGACGCCGGCAGCCAAUGCCGAGGAAAGCAAAGCGUCCAAGGAGGUGAAGAAGUACCUGACCUCCAGCAAUCCCCAAACGCUGCCCGGCCACACGGGCUUCCUCACCUUUGCCACUUUGCCACCGAACAUACCCAAGGCUGAUGAAUAAACUUGAAUUUCUUUUUAUUUGACUACAAGUCCGCAA